CCACACCUUCUUGAUAUGAUUUGCUUGACAGCAAAUGUCAAAGCGUAAAUAUUUUAACCUAAAGAGGAGUUCACGUUUUCACGUUAACACAAGAAAAAAUAAAUAUUUUGCUCGAAAUUUGAUAUAACUACGAAUUUUUAAAAAUGGGUUCGGGCAUCGAUUUUGCCAACAACCCGUUUUUCGUUCACGACAUGCAGAAAUUGUGCGCUGUGUGCAAUAAGAAGGUUUCAAAGGAAAAACACUCCAUUUAUGAUCCAAUACCUAAACAAUCUAGUAAAAUUAACAUAAUAGAAGUGCUUGAAUGCAUUUCAGAUUAUAACAACACAGAAGGUCCACAACAUAUUUGUACAUAUUGCUACCAAAACACAGUGGCAGCCUACAAAUUCCGCCUAAUGUGUAAUAUUGCACAUGAAAAAUUAAAUAACUAUUUGAAACAUCAACAAGAAAUGCUGCUGAAGCAUAUUGAAACUAAAGUAGAGCAAGAGGAAGAAGAAGGAGAAGAGGAAAAUGUAAGUGAAUCUCCAAUAAUAAAGGAUGAAGAAAUGGAGGAUAAUAAGGAAAGUUUACCUCAAAAUGAUGAGGAAAAUUUAAAGACUCAAGAUAAUGACAAUGAAUCCAAUGAAAUGAAAACUGAGGACUCAGAUGACAUUCCGGAUCAUUCAACAGAUACUAAUAUUGCACAGGCAGAGGAGGUGAAAGAUAAAGAUGACAAAGAUGCAGAGGAAUAUGAAUUGAUGGAAAUUCAGAUAGUUGACAAGAAGAACAGUGCCAGCAAUGUAUCCACUAGAAGAACCACAUGCAAAGUGUGUCAUAAAUCUUAUAGGUCCGAUUAUAUUCAAGUACAUAUGAGAAUACACACUGGGGAGAGACCUUAUCAAUGCUCUGUGUGUAAGAAAGGUUUUGGUACUUCAACAACUUUAAAACUUCACGAAACUUCGCACUCUGAAAAGCGUGAAUUUAUAUGCCGGUUUUGUGGCAAUGGCUAUAAAUUGUUAAGAACACUACAAAUACAUGAAAGAGGGCACACUGGUGAGAAACCAUUCAAAUGCAAGGAUUGUGAAUUGUCGUUCACAAGCGCAAGUCGACGAAAACAACAUCAGCUAGUGCAUUCAAAGGAAAAACUAUUUACCUGUCAUCUAUGUGCCAAGUCUUUCACUAGACUGACUAUCCUUAAGGAUCAUUUGAAGUCGCACGCUGGUGUAAAGGAGCACGCAUGUCACAUGUGCGGCAAUCGCUUCACUCAGGCACAUUCUCUGCGCCAUCACCUGCAGAAGAGCUGUCGUGCGCAGAAGGAAGCCUUAGACUCCCUUCAGAAUGAAAACACUGUCGAGCUGUAUCUGGUUGAAACUGAAAUAGAAGAUGAAAAAUUUGAACUGCGCAUUUAAAACGAGCAGCCAUUUUUAAACUGAGAGGUUCGUACAUGGGUUGGUAGUUCCGUUUCCACUGUCCGCGGAAAUUGACAGCGCAUAACCGAUUCACAGAAAAUUUGCGUUGAAAUUAUCUGGAAAGAAAACGUUGAUGUGAUUUAAUAUUAAAUAAUCUUGAAUUAAA